AUGAAUCUUCAAACUGUUGUAAAUGAUUCUUCAAGAUAUAAUACAUCUCCUAAUUGGAAUCAUGAAAAGAUGAUUACAUCAUCAUCAAUUCAAUUAAAUGAAAUCAAUCCUAAUCGUUCAUCACAUCCAUGGUUAUCGAAUCCAAUGAAUUAUCAUCAAAUAACAUCUGAGUUUCAUCAACCACCUUUAGAUGAAGUGAAGGCUAUUUCAGAUUGUCAAGAUCAAUCCAGUGUAUGGUGUCUUGAUAGACAGAAUUUAAAACCACAAGUUGAAUCAUCUCUACUCGAAGUUCCAUAUGAUUAUACCUAUUAA